AUGAUCAGUUUAGCAGGGCCUUCAUUUGUCAUAGAUUUCCAGUAUUUGAUGUUUUCAGUCAGUCAUAAUCUUCUUGAACAUCCUGCCAACAACAUAAUCUCAGUUGGCAGACGUUCAAGUCCAGUGAGGGGAGUUUUAGGAAUGUCACGUCGUGCUGCAAACGCUGUGGAUGAUAAUCCGCUCGGAUGGCAAGGUGCAAAAACUACACUCAAGGAAAGGAUAAGCUAUAUGUACUGCAAGGAUGUUCUCGCUGAUGUCUACUUCACAGUUGGAAAAGAUGAUAUGAGACAGCGAAUCCCUGCUCACAAAUUCGUUUUGUCAAUCGGCUCUGUUGUUUUCGAUGCAAUGUUCAAUGGUGGUCUGACUCCCCAAAACUCCAGAGACCCGCUGGAGAUUGAACUGCCCGAUGUUGAAGUUCCGGCAUUUCGUGCCCUUUUACGAUUUCUUUAUUCUGAUGAGGUUGAAAUCGGACCUGAAAGUGUGAUGACCACAUUGUAUACAGCAAAGAAAUACGCUGUACCAGCAAUGGAAUCUGCAUGCGUUGAAUUCCUAAAGCAGAGCCUAGGAGCUGAUAAUGCGUUCAUGCUUCUUACGCAGGCUCGACUAUUCGACGAACCACAGUUAGCAAAGUUGUGUCUGGAAAUUAUCGAUAAAAACACGGCGGAGGCACUGAACGGCGAAGGAUUCACUGACAUCGAUUUGGAGGCCCUAUGCCUCGUUCUUGCCAGAGACACUCUGCGAGUCAAGGAAGCGCAAUUGUUCCAGGCAGUUGUUCGCUGGUCAACGGAAGAAUGUGCCCGUCGGGGCCUAGAACCAACUACAGAAAAUCGAAGAGCAGUGUUAGGGCGUGCUGUUCAACUAAUUCGUUUUCCUUUGAUGACAGUAGAAGAAUUUGCGCAAUCUGCUGCUCAAUCGGGGCUUCUAACUGAUCGAGAAGUUGUUAAUUUGUUCCUCUAUUUUACCGUCAAUCCUAAACCGUCCAUAGGAUUCAACGACAAUCCACGAUGUUCCGGUGCUGGUAAGGAAUUGGUAGUUAGCCGUUUCCAACGAAUCGAAGGUCGAUGGGGAUACAGCGGUACACCGGACAGAAUCAAGUUCACUGUUGAUAGAAAAAUCUUCGUUGUUGGCUUUGGUCUCUAUGGCGCUAUACAUGGUCCUCAUGAAUAUCAGUGUGUUAUCCAGAUUAUUCAUUGUGGUACCGGGAAAGUGUUGGCACAAAACGAUACAUCGUUCGUAUGCGAUGGCUCAUCAUCGACAUGUCGAGUAUCGUUUCGGGUACCUGUUGAGAUAACUCCUGGAGUUACAUACAUUGCAAGUGCCUGUUUGAAGGGUAUGGAUUCGCACUAUGGUACUAAAGGACUACGACGAAUCGUGCAUCAGUCAGCUGCUGGAGGAGUGGUAACAUUCCAGUUUACUUACGCUGCUGGCAACAACAACGGAACAAGUGUCGAAGACGGACAAAUACCAGAAAUUAUCUUCUAUACUAGUAGUAGUUGA